CCGUGUCGUUUUUCUCGCAUUACAUUCACGAACAACUCGUGUUGAGGAAACCGGACGUACCCGUACUUUGUAGCAGAUCCCCUUCAGCUCCGUUACGCCUAUCGCAUCGCAUGAUGGACCAAAGCGAGAGCAGCGCCAUCGGCAACACCUUCGUAGACACCAACACUUCCGAGUUCCCUAUCCUGGGUGACAACGAGUCCCCCGGGACAUCCGACGGCCACCCAAGUAUGCGCAACAGCCAGCACCGCUUCAGUCCCAACGGGGGCAGCAAGCGCAAGCUGGCGCAGUCUCCUCUCUCGCAGACACGUUCGUCGUCCUCUUCGUCGUCGCUGGCGGCGUCAACGGCCUCGAACUCGCUCACCGACCGCCUCACCAUGAUGAACAUCCCAAUACAAGAACUCAAGGGCUCCGCUUUUUACGGUUGGCUCUGGAAGCGUGGCCAGUCCUUUAAGACGUGGAAAAAGCGAUUCUUCCUACUUAACGGCGCAGCGCUCACCUACUACACGCAGUGCUGCGUCAUCGCCUCGGACGUGUUGGGAGGAGGCACCCAAUGCCUCGACCUGCCCGUUCGAGGCGGUUUACGCGUCGCCAAGGCCGAACUCUCGGACAUGACCAGCUUCGGCCUCAAAAUCACCAGCUCCAGUGGACGUGUGCUCUAUGCGCAGGCAGGAGACCAGGAAUCGCGCGAACAGUGGCUCAAGGUACUAAAGGAAGCUCCGCUCUCUCGCGGAGAGAUGAUGGGACCGAUGCCACUCCGUCGGACCAUGGCGAGCGACCUGUCGACGCAGCGUUCGUACCAGGCAGAGGGCAGUUCUCCUUACAUGCACACAGCCAUGAGCGUGCUGAGUAGCGAUGACGGCGACGACACGCAGGAUUGCGACAUGCAGGGCUAUCUACAUUUGCGGGGAGGGCUUCUCCCCAGCUGGAAGAAGCGCUUCAUGACACUGACAGACGGACAUUUGACUGUUCGACGAAGCCGCACGCAGCGCAGCUCGGACCCACAGGAAGCUGACAAGCCGUUCGACGUCAUCUCGGCAGUGCGUUGGAGCGGCCACGACAACGGCCUCUGCAUCCGCCUGGAGAACCACAAGGAGCUGUACGUUUACGCCGACCACGACGUUGACGCGUCCAUGUGGCUGGAAGCGCUGAAGAGCUGCUAA